ACGACUGCAGCACCAACAACAACAACAUCUGCACCAACCACAACAACUGCUGCUCCAACAACAACAACAGCUGCACCAACCACAACAACACCAACCACAACAACUGCUGCUCCAACCACAACGACUGCAGCACCAACAACAACAACAACAUCUGCACCAACCACAACGACUGAAGCACCAACCACAACCACAGCUGCUCCAACCACAACGACUGCAGCACCAACAACAACAACAUCUGCACCAACCACAACGACUGCAGCACCAACCACAACCACAGCUGCUCCAACCACAACGACUGCAGCAUCAACCACAACAACAGCUGCUCCAACCACAACGACUGCAGCACCAACAACAACAACAUCUGCACCAACCACAACGACUGCAGCACCAACCACAACCACAGCUGCUCCAACCACAACGACUGCAGCAUCAACCACAACAACACCAACAACAACAACAUCUGCACCAACCACAACAACUGCUGCUCCAACAACAACAACAGCUGCACCAACCACAACAAGUGCUUCUCCAACCACAACCACAGCUUCUCCAACCACAACGAUUGCAGCACCAACCACAACAACAUCUGCUCCAACCACAACGACUGCAGCACCAACAACAACAACAUCUGCACCAACCACAACGACUGAAGCACCAACCACAACCACAGCUGCUCCAACCACAACGACUGCAGCACCAACAACAACAACAUCUGCACCAACCACAACGACUGCAGCACCAACCACAUCCACAGCUGCUCCAACCACAACGACUGCAGCAUCAACCACAACAACAGCUGCUCCAACCACAACGACUGCAGCACCAACAACAACAACAUCUGCACCAACCACA